AUGUCAAGAUUUUACUACUCUAAUAAUGAUGAAAUUCUUUCUUCUAAGUUUGACAUGGAAGGUGCUACUCCUCAGGUUGAGCCUAAAAUUUUAUCAAACUCGGAAAUUUAAUUUUAAAGUGAAAUUAGUAAUUAGGAAAGCAUGAGAUCAAUAAUAAAUCUAGAGGCCUAAAAAAAAAAUAAGCUCGUUCAGAAAAAUUCUUAAAUCUUCUCUCUUAAGUUUUAAGUAGUAAUAUUUUUAACAUUAGCAACCUGCACUUGUAAAUAGCAAAAAACAAAUUUAGCAAAGUUUAUUUAAGAUUGAAAACAGUCAAGAUGGAAAACUAAAGCAAGUUUUGAAUAAGCAGAUGCUUAAGAAAUUUAAGGAUAAUUUAUUACAAAAUGCAUAUAUUUUAUCAUAUAAUAUGUACGAAGAGAAAAAACCUAUACUAAAUUAUUUAUUUCUGGACUCUGUAAUAUAAGAUGGUAGGUAAUUAAAAAAAAAUAAAAUUGCUUAUAGUUUAGAGAAACUUCUAUUCUUUUAAGUUUUCUUACCUUAGGAUAAAUUUGUGAAAUAUUGGAAUUUAUUUAGCAUUCUUUUCAGUUUUUUUACUCUUUGGUUUUCACCAUUUAUUAUUUCGUUUUAAUUAUUAUAUAGCCCAAGUGUCUAAUAAACAAUAGUAUUUAUUUUCAUAUUCUUAUUAAUUGAUGGAUUAAUUACAUGUAAUAAAGCUUAUCUUAAACAAGGAGAAGUAACAAAAAACGUAAUAAUAUUAGUUAGUCACCAGUCGAAAAGAGAUUAUAAAUAAUUAUUUAAGAAAUUAAGUCAUAAGUGAUUUUUUAAAUUUGAUUAUAUGGAUUAUGAUGUAUAAUGGAAUAGAAUAGUUUUCAAUCAUUGAAAUGUUCACGAUUUUGUAGAUAAUCAUAAUAAUUAAUAUAGUGUAUAAAAAAAUUAAUAGUUUUGUUGAUUAUUUAUAUUUGAAUGGAAAUUUAAGUGAAGUAUUAGAUCUAAUAUUUUUAAUAAUCUCUUUAUAUUAUUUUGUUCACAUUACAGGAUGUUUUUGGCAUUAUUUAGCAAUAUUUGGUUAGCAAUUAAACGAAGUUUCAUGGCUUGAGAAGUAUUCCCUUGAAGAUUAAUCAUAUAUAAUAAGGUAUGAUUAUGCAAUAUAUUGGGCAACAAUGACUAUGGUAACAGUUGGUUAUGGUGACAUUACUGCUUCAAAUCCAAUUGAGAUUGUAUUUUCUAAUUUUACAAUGUUUAUCAGCAGCUUUGUAUUUGCUUAUUCAAUGAACUCAAUAGGGAUAAUUAUUAAGAAUCUUUAUGAUGUUAGAAAUUUAUGCAAGUAAAGUAUUUCUAUAUUUUAAAGAAGGUAAUUAAUUUUAAUAAAUGCUUACAUGAAAAAUAAUUUAGUUGAUGAUUCUAUAUCUAAUAGAGUCAGAAACUACUUAAAAAACUAGGUUGAUCAUGAGUCUAAGAAUAAUUCAAUUGAAGUAAUAAAUUGACUAUUUGUAUAUUAGGCUUAAUAAAUAAUUGAUAAUUUACCACAUGGACUUAGAGAUGAUGUAAACAUAAACAUAAAGACAAGAAUAUUAUAAAAUAUGAAACUACUAGUAAGUAACUUCUCAAAGUAGACUCAAUCUUAAAUAAUUCACAAACUGGAAUAAGUUAAUUUCAUACCUAAUGAUAUUAUUUAUGACCCUGAAGGAUUAAAUCUUGAUUAGUAUCUGUAAGACUUAUUUUUGAGUAUAUAGCUACUAUUUAGAUUAAGGAUCAGCAAGUUUAGUAGAGGUGAGAACAUAGAAGAUCAUAUAAGAAUUUAAAGAAGGUGACACUUUAGGAGAGCAUUCCUUUAUUAGUGGCUUAACACAAAAAUUCAAAUUAAUUAGCACAAGUUACUGUUAAUUAUAUAGAAUAUCUAGAUAAGAUUUUUUGAGAGUUCUUUAAAAUAAUCAAAAAGAUAAAGAAAUAUUCUAUUCUUUAUAAGAUUAAUUACUAUAUCUUUCUGAUUAUAGUCUAAUUAACAAAAAGUGUAACUUAUGCCAUAAAUUUGACCAUUAAAAUAGUGAUUGCUUCAUUAUUUCAUACAAACCUAAUCUAGAAAAGCUCGUUAAGGUUUAAGAAUUCUUAUUCUAAUCAAGAAAUCAGGCAAAUAGAAAUGAAAGACAAAAACUUAAAGUUUUAAAUUCAAUCUAAGUAAUAUUUAAAAUCAAAUAGGGAAUCUAAGAUACAAUCUUAUAAUUUUAACAAUGUGAACUCGUAUCUAAUUAAAAUGAAAGUUAAACAGUAAUGAGUGGAACUAAGCGAAUUAAAUAGUAUUCCACUCAUAGGUAAAGUGAUAAUAAAAUCGAAUAACCAGAACUAUCUUCUUUAAGUGAAUAAUCUCCAGAUAUAUAAUUAGAUAAAAUGACUUAGCGAAAACGUUCAUCUCAUUUUACUGGAAAAUUUAAUAUAUAAAACUUAUAGAGUAUGGAAAACAAAGAUGCUUAAAGAAAAAUAUCAAUAGCAAUACUCAAAGAGUAAACCUAAAAUCUUGAAUAGUCAAGUUAAUAACUUAUUCAAUUAAGGUCUAUUAAAAAUCUUUCAAAUACUGCUAUAUUAGAUUAAGAAGAUCAUUUCAAAAAAAUACAAUUUAUAAGUCUCGACAUUGAUAAAGGCUAUGAAUUUUAAAAUUAUUUACCACAAAAUAAUAUUGAAAAUGUCAUCCUGCAUUACAAUAAAUAAAAACUCAAAUUUAUACCAAUUUACUCGAAAAUCUUAAAUUAAUCUUAGAAAUACACAUUUUACUAUAAAAUAGCUAAAUUGGCAUCUUAAAUGAGAAUGAUAUCUGCUCCCAUUACAAGAAGAAUCUUAAAAUGUCAUCAAAUCAAAAAACCUAAAAAUGAAUAAUGA